GAGGAACGGAGCGGCGAGGGGAGAGGAAGGCGGCCGGCAGGUGAAGAGGCUCCUCGGAGGGAUGGGGUGGGGGAAAGGAAAGAAAGGAAGCGAAGAGGCUCGUUUGGACGGCUGUGGGGGGGGGGGGGGGGGGAGUGGCGUUGAAGGGUGGACUCCCGAGUGCCGAAAAGCUUUUGGUGCCUCGCAAUUAAAGAAGAAAAUGAGAAGAUUUCUGAGGCCGGGACAUGAUACCGUAAGAGAGAGGCUCAAGCGUGACCUUUUCCAGUUUAACAAGACGGUUGAACAUGGUUUUCCUCACCAGCCAAGUGCCCUGGGCUACAGUGCUUUUCUCCACCUUAUGGCUAUUGGGACCCGGGCAGGAGCCAUCAAAAUUUACGGUACUCCAGGAGUGGAAUUCAUGGGCUUGCACGAAGAGACCAACACUGUCAUGCAGAUACAUUUCAUUCCUAAACAGUGCCGCUUGGUGACCCUACUGGAUGAUAACAGCCUGCAUUUAUGGACCCUGAAACACUCCCAUCAUGGUACAUCAGAGCUUCAGGAGGAAAGACACUUCACACUUCGUGGCCCCCCUGGUUCCCCUCCAAGUGCUACCCAAAUUACAGCAAUCCUGACACAUUCUUCUCAAGAACUUCUGUAUCUUGGUACUGAAAGUGGUAAUGUGUUUGUGGUAGAACUCCCGUCCUUCAGGGUGCUAGAAGACCAGAUCAUCGGUCCAGAAGAAGUAUUGCAAAGAGUGCCAGAAGAUUAUCGGAACAGGAGGUCACUGGAAUUGGUAGAAGUGUUACGGGAACAUCCUCAGAAUCCCAAUCAGAUUUUGAUUGGUUACAGCAGGGGCCUCAUUAUUCUCUGGGAUUUGAUAAAUAAGAAAGCAACACACCAUUUACUUGGCAAUCAGCAACUAGAGAAUCUCUUCUGGAUGAGGGAUGGUCAUCAUAUCAUCAGUUGCCAUUAUGAUGGGAGCUAUACACAGUGGCCAAUUUCAAGUGAUGACUGGCAGCCUGAGCCUUUGGAAAGCAAAGUACAUUACGGUCCCUUCCCUUGCAAAGCCAUUUCCAAAAUUUACUGGCUAACAGCAAAGAAUGUGCUCCCUUACCUCAUAUUCCAAGGAGGGAUGCCUCGAGCCAGCUAUGGUGACCGGCAUAGCAUUACAGUUGUUCAUGGCAGUCAACAGAUUGCCUUUGACUUCACAUCACGGGUGAUAGAUUUCUUUGUCAUUGCCAAUGCUGAACCAUUCGCAGGUAUGUAGAAGGCUGAAAUAGUGAU